AUGAUGGGUUCACGGAAAUAUUCAACAGGGAGGUGGGCUUCUCUCAUCCGAGGUCAAUCUCUCGUCGAAUCUCCGCAGCAGCAAGGCGGCUAUCACCAUCCACAGACGCUAGAAGAAGUACGAACCCUCUGGAUUGGAGAUUUACAGUAUUGGGUCGACGAGAGCUAUCUCACUUCCUGCUUCUCCCAAACAGGCGAGCUAACCUUUUUUAUCUUCUUCCUAAGCUUCUCUGCAUGUAGUAGUGACUUUCUCGUUUAUGUGAAGGUGAUACGUAACAAGAUUACAGGCCAGCCUGAAGGCAGCAGAGAGAAUGCUUCAGACGUACAAUGGGACAUUGAUGCUUCUGUGAGAGGUGCCAAGGUUGUUACUGAUCCAAAUGAAAAUGAAAGGAACAAGGCAAUGUCGGAAAUGAAUGGUUUGUAUUGCUCAGCAAGGCCUAUGCGUAUCAGCGUAGCUACGCCUAGAAAAAACGUUGGUGUGCAGCAACAAUAUGUCGCUAAAGCUGCUUACCAUGUUCCAGUACCAGUCCCAUCUGUAGUAGCGGCUCCAGCAUACGUUGCUCAAUCAGCACAAGUGCAAGAGAAUGACAUCACCGGUACGACGGUAAGUUUGAUCAGCUUCUAA